AUGGAGUUUGUAUUACAUCUAACAGCUGAACGAUCAGUUGUAAGAGAGUCAUUGAAAGGAAUCAUAUGGUCAAUAUUCUUCCAACGAUUAUUUGGUCCUAUAACGCCAAAUUUGAAUGAGUUUUUUGAUAUCCCUUAUCCUUUUGCAUCCGAUCAGAAUGAUCUUGAUACGUUAAUUGAUCAAAAGAUAAAUGAAUUGAUUAAACGAGAUUUUGAAAACAUCGAUGAAGUCAAAUUAUCAUCAAUAAUGAUUCAAUUCUAUGAUCCUAAAACCGCCAAAUCAAGGAAAUCAAGUUGGUUUGGUCAAAAAGAUAAUACUGAACAUUUAAAAUCAUGGGAAUCAUGGAUUAUUAAAAUCAAAUGUUUACCUAUGAAUGUAACAUCAUUAUCAAGCACAACUAGUGAUUUGACCACAGCUAUUGGUACAGGUACCAAUACUAUUACCAGUUCAGAAACAGGUAUUAAUGAUAAGAAGAUCCAAGACCAGAAUAUCCUCACAUCGAUUGAAAGUUUUGAAGAGAACUUGAAUGAUAUCAUUGAUAUUGUUGAUAAUAAUAAAGAUCAUAUUCCACCCAUAACAUCAUUAGAUAGUUCACCAUUUCCUUAUGAGAUUAAAAAUAUAAUAGGUUAUAACACUGAGGAGUCAUGGGGGAAAUACAUCAAGAGAAUACUAGAUUGA